AAAUUAUGUUAUCGUCAUUAAACUGUGUUCAUAUUAAUCUAAUUUGACCAUGGCUCGAUUAAAUCAUGGUAAUCAACACAAUAUCAAAUUGUUUAAUUUGUUUAAUUUGUUUUUAUUGAUCGGCUUUGGUUUUAUCAAUGAUUUGGUUUACACGAUUGAUACUAAUGAGACUACAGAAACUUUUGAUGCAACAAUUACAAAAUUAAUGCCCACAACUGAUUAUCAUUAUGAUGAUGAUUCUUAUUCUGAUUUUGAUGAAUUUUUAACUGACCAAUCUCCUGAAAUCGACGAUUACGAAGAAGAUUUGAUUGACAGCUCAAUUUUCUCUGGUCCUGGAGGAAUAAUUCCCGAUUAUGUACCUGAAGGUGAUGACGAAUCUCCUCAGAUGAUCUCUCGAGUGAUCGGAGGUCGACCUGCCGAAAAUGGUUCGUUUCCUUAUAUUGUUUCACUUCGUCAUGGGUUUGGACAUAUUUGUGGAGGAGCGAUUCUAUCGCCGACAUGGAUUUUAACGGCCGCUCAUUGUGUCAAAGUGGAAGAUGUUAAAUCUUACCGAAUUCAGCCAAAUUAUAACAAUCAAAAAAAUCAGAAAGAUGAAGAAAACGUGACACUUUAUGAAGUUAGCAAAAUAUUUGUUCCUUAUCGACGAAAUAUUUAUGCUGAUGAUUUGGCUUUGAUCAAAUUAACUGAGCCAAUUCCUCUUGGUGAUCAGAUCUUUUCAAUUCGUUUACCAUCAACUCCGUCCGCUAAACAUAUCGGUGAAAAAGUGACCGUUGCUGGUUGGGGACAAAUGGGUCAAAGAGUCGCUUCCACUUUGAUGACUGCUGAUUUUCCGUUAAUUAGUCAACCGGAUUGUAAAAAAACUUUCGCCAAAUUUUUUCUCGACGGUAUGAUCUGUGCUGGAAUUAAAGGAGUUGAUGCCUGUCCCGGCGAUUCGGGUGGACCAUUGGUCAUUAGAGGUUCUACAUUCAAGGAAGAUGUUCUAAUUGGAGUUGUCUCUUGGGGUCCACCCUGUGGGACGGCUUAUGGUGUGUAUGCGGAUAUUUGGCAUUAUCGAAAUUGGCUCGAAUUUACAACUGAUCUUGAUGAUCCCGAUAAUCCAAAUAAGUUUCCCUGGAGUAAUUGGACUGGUGAUGAAAAGAUAAUCAAAGAACAACCUUCGAGUGACAAUACCAAUUCCAAUAACAAUACUAAUAACAAUAAAUGGACAUUUAGAACUUGGAAUCCAAUUAGCAAAACUUUAUCAAGAAUAUUUGAUAGAAAACCUUCAAAUGAUAAUGAAGAUAAAGUUCAGGAUUAUACAGCAAAUCAACACUAA